CAGCGGUGCCUAAAAGGAAAGGAAGCGCAUGCGUUUCUUUGUUGCUGGAAACUAAUAUUUGAUAUAACAGGUCUUUUUCGAAGUUCACAUGCCAUCAGACAAUCCAAAAUCUUUUUCCUACAGUAAAUAUACACAUUUUUGCAGUUCAGAUUUACAAGGUAUGUAGCAAGAGGCUCAUUUCAAGUGUAUGUGCGUGCUAACUCUAGCUAGCUUGCUGUCAAAACUGCUAGCUAGCUAACGUUACCAAUAAAUAUAUAGAAUUACAACGUUAAUAAUAUCAUAUGGUCUAAUCUUCUAUAAUUUCAUAACAUAACAGCAAGCAUAAUUCUGAUCAUUAGACAUUUGUGUGUGUACGAUACCGGCAUUUCUGGUUGACGUAGCUAACGUUAGCUAGCUAACAUGGGACAGCUUGCCACUGACUUUGCCCAAACAAAACAUACAUUUGAUGGUAACUAGAUGGCUGUCACACUAACGUCGCUAAGGUUGACCUUUUGAAUUGCUACCCUGUUGUUAUGCAUUAAGCAGCCUACAAUAUUGUUCUCAUUAGAUUUGUAAUAUCUGUAACUUAUUCUGUCCUCCUCCUGCCAUACCGCAGAGGAAGGCCCAAAACAUUGUCAUAGACUGUUCUCUCUGCUACUGCACGGCAAGCGGUACCCGGAGCGCCAAGUUUAGGUCCAAAAGGCUCCUUAACAGCUUAUACCCCCAAGCCAUAAGACUGUUGAAGAAUUAAUCAAAUGGCCACCCGGACUAUUUAUAUUGACCCCCCCCCCCCCCCCCCCCCCCACAAAUUACCUUGACUAACCUGUACCCCCCACAUUGACUCGGUACAGGUACCCCCUGUAUAUAGCCACAUUAUUAUGUAAUUUUAUUGUGUUACUUUUUUUUAUUUUUACUUUAGUUUAUUUACUAAAUAUUUUCUUAACUCUUAUUUCUUGAACUGCAUUGUUGGUUAAGGGCUUGUAAGUAAGCAUUUCACGGUAAGGUCUACAUCUGUUGUAUUCGGUGCAUGUGACAAAUAAAAUAUGAUUUGACAUGCAUAAAGAACAGUUGGCUAACAGUGGUGAUGAAAACUGAUGUUUCCUCAGCUGGCAAACGUCAACGAUGUCACAGGCUACCAAACGCAAGCAUGUUGUCAAGGAGCAGACACUCGACGACUAUGUCACACCAACAGAGAACCAACAGAUUGUGAGGGUUAGUAACUGUGCUGUCAGACAUGACAUGUUUUACUGAACACACACAACAAAGACUAGCCUAGAUGUCUGCCAUCCAGAUUCAGACUCAUUCAGCCACUCUACCAAACAGAUAGGGUCAGUGGAUGAAGCAAGAGGAUGGGAACUUUUAAGUCUUUCUUUAUGUAAGGUGACUGACAGACAUUUACCUCUGCUGCACCUGUAGUUAAUUAUCUGUUUUUGCACGCAUAUUCUACCUGUUUCUUUGUCAUACAAAUCCCCUCUCUCUGUACCUGUCUCCAUGCAGGUUCUUGGUAGUCGUGGCAACAACCUGCACGAGGCUGUCACGGCCCAGGGGGAGAACUUCCUGAUCAGCAUGCCCCCAAAAUUCCGCAAGAACCUCUGGAUCAAGAGAGGUAACAUGUCCCCUUAUACUAGAGUGCAUCCCAAAUGGCACCCUGUUCCUUAUCACCCAUAAGGCUUAGGUCAAAAGUAGUAUUGUUUGUUCUCAAAGAAUAUCUUAUUUUAAAAUAUAUAGGCCCAUUAUCUUUUCAACAUACAGUGCAUUCGGAAAGUAUUCAGACCCCUUGACUUUUUCCACAUUUUGUUACGUUAUACUUAUUCUAAAAUUGAUUAAAUUGUCGUUUUUUUCUCAUCAAUCUACACACAAUACCCGAUAAUGACAAAGAAAAAAACAGGUUUUGAGAAAUGUUUGCAAAAAAAAUAUAUACUACGGAAAUGAAACAAUUGUGGUCCUCUGUAGCUCAGUUGGUAGAGCACGGCGCUAGUAACGCCAGGGUAGUGGGUUCCAUCCUCGGGACCACCCAUACGUAAACAUUUAUGCACGCAUGACUAAGUCGCUUUGGAUAAAAGCGUCUGCUAAAUGGUAUUUAUAUUUUUAUUUAUAAUUACAUAAGUAAUCAGACCCUUUACUCAGUACUUUGUUGAAGCACCUUUGGCAGUGAUUACAGCCUCCAGUCUUCUUGGGUAUGACGCUACAAGCUUGGCACACCUGUAUUUGGGGACUUUCUCCCAUUCUUCUCUGCAGAUCCUCUCAAGCUCUGUCAGGUUGGAUGGGGAGCGUCGCUGCACAGCUAUUUUCAAAUCUCUCCAGAGAUGUUCGAUUGGGUUCAAGUCCGGGCUCUGGCUGGGCCACUCAAGGACAUUCAGAGACUUGUCCCGAAGCCACUCCUGCGUUCUCUUGGCUGUGUGCUUAGGGUUGUUGUCCUGUUGGAAGGUGAACUUUCUCCCCAGUCUGAGGUCCUGAGCGCUCUGGAGCAGGUUUUCAUCAAGGAUUUCUCUGUACUUUGCUCCGUUCAUCUUUCCCUCGAUCCUGACUAGUCUCCCAGUCCCUGCCGCUGAAAAACAUCCCCUAGCAUGAUGCUUCCACCACCAUGCUUCACCGUAGGGAUGUUGCCAGGUUUCCUCCAGACAUGACGCUUGGCAUUCAGGCCAAAGAGUUCAAUCUUGGUUUCAAUAGACCAGAGAAUCUUGUUUCUCAUGGUGUGAGUCCAUUAGGUGCCUUUUGGCAAACUCCAAGCGGGCUGUCGUGCUUUUUACUGAGGUGUAGCUUCCGUCUGGCCACUCUACCAUAAAGGCCUGAUUGGUGGAAUGCUGCAGAGAUGGUUGUCCUUCAGGAAGGUUUUCCCAUCUCCACAGAGGAACUCUGGAGCUCUGUCACAGUGACCAUCGGGUUCUUGGUUACCUCCCUGACCAAGGCCAUUCUCCCCUGAUUGCUCAGUUUGCCAGCUCUAGGAAGAGUCUUGGUGGUUCCAAACUUCUUCCAUUUAAGAAUGAUGGAGGCCACUUUGUUCUUUGGGAUCUUCAAUGCAGCAGAAUUUUUUUGGUACCCUUCCCCAGAUCUGUGCUCGACACAAUCCUGUCCCGGAGCUCUAGGGACAAUUCCUUCAAUUUCAUGGCUUGGUUUUUGCUCUGACAUGCACUGUCAACUGUGGGACCUUAUAUAGACAGGUGUGUGCCUUUCCAAAUCAUGUCCAAUCAAUUGAAUUUACCAGAGGUGGACUCCAAUCAAGUUGUAGAAACAUCUCAAGGAUGAUCAAUGGAAACAGGAUGCUCCUGAACUCAAUUUCGAGUCUCAUAGCAAAGGGUCUAAAUAUUUAUACAUUUACUAAAAUGUCUAAACCGGUUUUUGCUUUGUCUUUAUGUGUCACGCCCUGACCUAGAGAACUCUUGUUGGUUGGGUCAGGGUGUGAGUUCAGUUAAGAUCUAUGUUAUUGUAUUUCUAUGUUGGAUUCUAGGAUUUGUAUUUCUAUGUUUGGCCGGGUGUGAUUCCCAAUCAGAGGCAGCUGUCGCUCGUUGUCUCUGAUUGGGGUUCAUACUUAGGUAGCCUGAUUGCCUACCUUAGUUGUGGGAUCUUUUUUGUGUUCCUGUUAGGCUUGUUGUGUGUAGCCCAUAGGACUUCACGUUGUCGUUGUUUUUGUUAUUUUGUGAAGUGUUUACUCGUCUUAAUAAAUAUGUACGCAUAUCACGCUGCACCUUGGUCUGACCCGUCUCUCAACAAUCGUGACAGAAGAUCCCACCAAACAAGGACCAAGCAGCGUGCCCAGAAGGAGCAAACGCCUGGGACUCAACAGGAGGUAACCUUAGUAGAUGUCCUCCUCGGUUGGGGUAGAAUUACUGAGGAGGAGGCAGUCUGUUAUCGAGAGGCAAUGAAGGAGAGUGUAGCCGAUAAAGGAACCCGAAUGAAGGAAGAAGCCCGGGUAGGAGAGGAGAAACGGCAACUUAAAAGGACUCGGUCACGAAGAAAGGUCGAGAAGCAGCCCCAAUAAAACAUUUUAGGGGGGCACACGGGGUGGACGACGAGGCAGCAGGAGGCCGUGAAAGGGCUGACUGUAGAGGAGGAGGCUGCUAUUUUAGAGGUCCUCCAAGACCUGCGGAUCGACAGUUUAAGAGAGGAGGCCACCACAUUACGGGGGCUGAUAGGGAGAAUAGAGCAGGGGAGCUCCCUUAAAGAGGAGGCGCUGCAGGAGUCCCGUAGGAAGAAGGAAGUAGUGGAGGCACAGAGAGAGGAGCUGGUCAGGCAACAAAAGGAGCGUGUGUUCAUUGAGGAACCUAGGUAUGCGGAGAUACGCACUGUGUCGCCAAUGCGCAGUCACAGCCCAGUGCGUCUUGUGCCAGCGCUCUGCACGUGUCGUGCGAGAGUGGGCAUCCAGCCAGGACGGGUUGUGCCGGCUCAACGCUCCUGGUCUCCAGUGCGCCUCCACGGUCCAGUAUAUCCUGCACCAGUGGUGCGUGUAUCCAGUCCAGUACGGCCCGUACCUGCUCCCCGCACCAAACCAGUGGUGCGUGUCGCCAGCUCGGUACGCCCCGUACCUGCUCCCCGCACCAAACCAGUGGUGCGUGUCGCCAGCCCGGUACGCCCCGUACCUGCUCCCCGUACCAAACCAGUGGUGCAUGUAUCCAGUCCGGCACGGCCCGUGCCUGCUCCUCGCACCAGACCAGUGGUGCGUGUUCCCAGUCCAGCUCCAGUCAGCGGUUCCACUCUGGAGCCAGAGCAGUCCGCACCACCGGUGCCAAGUCCAGCUCCGGUCAGCGGCUCCACUCCGGAGCCAGAGUAGUCCGCUCCACUGGUGCCCAGUCCCGCUCCGGUCAGCGGUUCCACUCCGGAGCCAGAGCAGUCCGCUCCACCGGUGCCCAGUCCAGCUCCGGUCAGCGGCUGUCGCUCAUUGUCUCUGAUUGGGGAUCAUACUUAGGUAGCCUGAUUGCCUACCUUAGUUGUUGGAGCUUGUUUGUGUUCCUGUUAGGCUUGUUGUGUGUAUAGCCCAUAGGACUUCACGUUGUCGUUGUUUUUGUUAUUUUGUCAAAUGUUUACUCAUCUUAAUAAAUAUGUACGCAUAUCACGCUGCACCUUGGUCUGACCUGUCUCUCAACGAUCGUGACAUUAUGGGAUAUUGUGUGUAGAUUGAUAAUUUGUAUUUAUUUAAUCAAUUUUAGAAUAAGGCUGUAAAGUAACAAAAUGUGGAAAAAGGGAAGGGGUCUGAAUACUUUCUGAAUGCACUGUACUUUAUAUAUGGUUUUAGACGUUUUAAGCUGCAAUAUGUAACAUUUUGGGCGACCUGACCAAAUUCACAUAGAAAUGUCAGUUAUCAAAUUUUAUUUGUCACAUGCGCCAAAUACAACAGGUGAAAUGCUUACUUACAAGCCCUUAACCAACAAUGCUGUUUGAAGCUGGUCUACAAAAGUAAAAGAUGCAAAAAGAAAAAUUAACGGGAAGCAUAUAAAUAGUGCACAUAGAUCAGAUCUACAGCUUCUUAGACUUGCUUUCAAUGAGAAUUAUAGAUCUAUAACUCACAUGUCUAUGUGUGUUUGGUCAGGUCACCCAAAACAUUACAUAUUGCAGCUUUUAAGUUUUUUUUUUUUUAUCUUUUACAUUCUGUUUUGUACACCAGCUGAACAUACAAUAUUUUUUCUAAUGGAAAAUAUAAUUCACAGCGGUUUAGAUGGUACAAUGAUUCUCUACACAAUGACUGCUUGUUUUGUCACAUAAACUGAAAUUAUUAGGCGAACUAUUAGAAUUUUAGCAACUAGGAAAUGGCGGAGCGAUUUCUUCAUAUUAAAACUUUUGAGAUUUUUUUUUUUUUACUGUUUGCACCAUAGACAUUAAAACCAGUAGAUAGUGAUAGCGCUAGCGUCGUCCACGUAUUCCUAUUGAAAACUCCUGAUGGAGCAUGAAGCCGGAACUAUUUGAAUUUGAAGCACGCCAGGGCUUUUGGCACCGCUAGGUUGCUAAACAGUAGCCGACCAGCAGAGCUCGUGACUUCAUGCCCCAGACCAGAAACUGGGGACCUUGUUUGGACAUAGGCAGCCCGGAAAAACCUUCUAUUCAGAAAAAACCCUGCUCCUGUGUAACUACAACUGGCAGUGAAACACCAAAGCAGGCUGAUUUUUUUCCUGAACUUGAGCGGCUAGUUUGCAUAUGUUAUCUGCAUACCUGUAAGUGUGCGUUUGUUCGUUGUUCAACCACCUCAAUGUCACACUAUGACAGAAUCACUCUUUGUGUCCCACUCAGUAUUUGUUUGUUGUAAAUAUCUCUCCCUCCCUCCCAGGUGACUAUGUGAUUGUAGACCCUAUAGAGGAGGGAGAGAAGGUGAGGGGAGAGAUCAGCUUCAUACUCUACAGAGACCACAUUCAGCACCUGCAGAAACUCACUCUCUGGUGAGUGAACCUUGGAACCUUAUCUCACCAUGAUGGCUAAUACGUAGUUCAGUAUAUAGCUACACAUAUAGAAAUACAAUGCAGAAACACAUUUAGCCAGUAAACUCAGUUUUAGUCAGCACUUCGAUUACCUUGCCAUAGUAACUGCAAGGCCACCACCACACCCGAUAAACCUUUUUUUUGUACUGCUCUUAUGAAGAAAUCAUUUCAAGUAAUCCUAAUCCCCACAGGAUGUGCUAGGGAUCUGUUUUUUCUGCCACACACACACACACACGUCACCUUUUUAAAAGAGAAGACAGUUAAACAAAGGUUCAAUUAUAACUGAAUCAAGUGGGUUCUGCUGGCCCUUUAAAAAAAACAUGUUUUAUGUUUUUGUGUCUUCUGUCAGGCCUGAGGCCUUCACAGACGAGCCCCCAUCGGAAGACAAAACAGAUAUACCACAGCCCAGGGAGGGGAGAAGGGAGGAGAAGAUAGAGGAGGAUGGUAGGAGUGAUCACACUACUGACUCAGAGGAUGACGAGAGCGAUCUCUUCGUCAACACCAACCGCUGUAAUGUCCACUACAGUGAGAGUGAGGAAGACAGUGAGAAUGAGGAGAAGGAUGAAGAGGGGGCCAAAGUGGAGAGCAGCUUUUAGUGGGGAAAUCUUUACAAGAGACAAUACACUGCUGUGGACAGAUUUUGACACCAAUGUCCCCCUCAGAAUACACUGCUGCUGAAGAAUAUUUGGUGGAUUAUACUCUCCAGUCCCACCCCAUGAAUCCAAUCAAACAUAGAAAAUCCUGCUGUUUUAAAAUGUAUUUGGGGGUUGAACUUAGCAUCCCAUGGACAUAAUAUAGGUUAGGUAUAUCAUUCUUAUACCACCUGUCCUAGAGAGGAACAUGAGCAUGCUUUGCUAAGCUGUGCUAAAAACGAGGUUGAUUGUGGAAUUAUUGAACUGGUCCAUGGCAUUCCUGACUGAAGACUGAAGAGGUUGUGUCAUAAUUUAUGUAAAUAAUGAUUGUGUAAUAAAAUCUUUAUUGUGGUCUUUCAUCAGAAAAACUUUUUUGACCGGUGUGUCUGAUUCAAAAUUAAAUAAUCAAAGAUUGAAAUUGUGUUUAAUGUUCAGAGAAACAUUGAAAAGUGCACAUUUGUCAGAGGUUCAUUUGCACAUUUAUUUACUCAUUCACCUGUUUUAAAUAACCAACCCUCAGAUCUAAAUCAGCAGUUAUGCAGUGGCAGUGGUUAAAUCAGUACAAUUUAUUUAUACUUUUUUGUUGUUGUUGCACCUCAUAAAUCUGAUUUAAGCCCUGAAUAUGUUUGCAAAUAACUAGCCACUCAGCCCAGAAACUCAGUAUGAGAAUUCAUGCCCACAGCAUGGAACCAAAACCUGUUCCAACAGGAAGCAGUUGAGCAAUGCAUGUAUGGACUUCACAGUGACAUUCAUCACAGACGGCUGUGUACCAAGUAGGUCAUUCUGAGUAUGAAACUGUAUGCACUAACUCUAAGUCGCUCUGGAUAA